AUGGCCACCCACUCGUCUUAUUAUGCCGUCUAUAAGCUUCGUUUCAGCGUCGCCCUGGAAGAUCCUGACAUUACCAGCUUAAGGUACCACGCAGUCAUCUUCCUUGAGACCAGCGCAGAUAAUUCCAGGAUUAUGUAUCACGUUAUCGGAGACAUCGCGUCUGGAAUGAGUCAUCAAUCGAAGCCGUUCCAAAACCCUGAAAUGUCCCGGACCUUCCAUUCUAAAGGGCUACUCAGGUGGACUCAUCCUAUAGUAUGGGAUAAUCUUCUCCAAGCAGUUCCAGUCCCCAAGAAGCAGAAAUCGUUCAAUAUCAAGAGUAUGAAAACCGAGCCUUUCAAGACUUUAAAUACGCUAACGUUCUAUAAGCCCGGGGAGCGACGCCGACCUCUUGUUAAGUGUACAGAGUGGACCGAGCAGAGAGCCAUCCCAGCUCAUUUGAGUUUCAAUGGAUUCUAG